CCCUCCCUUCCCUUCCCCUCUCCUCCCCUUCUCCCCUCCCCUCCUCGGCGGCUGCCACCGUAAGCGCCCUCGGAAGAUGGCGGACGGCGGGGCCACUCCGGCGCAGGAGGAAGAGGAUGUGUCCGCCGCGGCGUCCGGCAGCUGUGUCCGGAGAGAUCGGCAGCCGCGGAGUGGGGGCCGCCCGCCCAGCGCCCGGGAUUUGCAGCUGGCCUUGGCAGAGUUAUAUGAAGAUGAAGCUAAAAGGCAGUCAUUGUGUCAUGACAAACCAACAGCUACAAAGAUCAGUAGCACAAAAGUGUCGCAGAGUCUUAAAAUUGAUUCUCUUAGGAGGUUGAGAAAACCAGAGAGAAGCAUGAGCGAUGACAAAGAAAACCAAAGAUUUUAUUCAGGUGACUCAGAAUAUAGAGGAUUACAGAUUUCUGGGGCUUCUAAUAAUCCAAGUAGAAUUGUUGCUGAACUCUUCAAAGAAGCAAAAGAACAUGGAGCUGUUCCAUUAGAUGAAGCCUCAAGAACAUCUGGUGAUUUCAGUAAAGCUAAGUCGUUUUCUGGUGGUGGGUAUAGACUGGGUGACUCGUCACAAAAGCACUCUGAAUACAUAUAUGGAGAAAAUCAAGAUGUUCAAAUUUUGCUGAAACUGUGGAGGAAUGGCUUCAGUUUAGAUGAUGGCGAGUUGAGAUCCUACUCAGACCCAACAAAUGCUCAGUUUCUUGAGUCUGUUAAAAGAGGGGAAAUUCCUGUGGAACUGCAACGACUUGUUCAUGGUGGCCAGGUUAAUUUGGAUAUGGAAGAUCACCAAGAGCAGGAAUAUGUGAAGCCUAGACUGCGAUUCAAAGCUUUCAGUGGAGAAGGGCAAAAACUUGGAAGCCUUACACCUGAAAUAGUCAGCACGCCUUCUUCCCCCGAGGAGGAGGAGAAAUCCAUUCUCAAUGCACCUGUUCUGAUUGAUGAUUCCAUGCCAGCAACUAAAAUUCAAAUUAGAUUAGCAGAUGGAAGCCGAUUAAUCCAAAGAUUUAAUCAAACACACAGGAUCAAGGAUAUUCGGGAUUUCAUUAUCCAGUCCCGUCCAGAAUUUGGAACAUCUGAUUUUGUUCUUGUGACUACCUUUCCAAAUAAAGAGCUAACAGAUGAAAGCCUGACACUACGAGAAGCAGAUAUACUUAACACUGUGAUUCUUCAGCAAUUAAAGUAGUCUGACGGUUGUUGGUGCAAUAUAAGGAGUGUUUAGUAUUGUCAUGCAAUAUAUUUCCAACAAAUGAGAAAAAGGAAAGCUUGUUGUCUUUUUAUUUUCCCUCUUUCAUGGAUCAGAUUUUUUGGGUUUCAUGUCUUCCAGCUAGAGCAUAUCCUAACUUUUUUUACUUCAAUUUCUUAAUAUUGUUCAACCUUGUUUCAGUGUUAAAUUUCAACUUACCUAUGAUUGUAUAUUUCAAACCACAUCUUGUACUAAAUGUGAAACGAGAUGAUUUUAUGACUUUAUUUUCAGGGGAAUGGGGGAAGAAGCAUUCUUCUGAAAGGGACAGUAUCUUUCAUACAGUUGGUAAGAUUUGCACUAUGGAAAUGUCUUAUGCUGCAUUGAUAAACAGCCAUUUGAAAACUUAGCCUGUGGGUUAUGUUUACCUUCCAAGCUGUAUUAAUAUUAAAGUGUUCUGUUUAAUAGAUUCACCGAUAAUUAAUGCCCUAAUGUAAGUUUUUGUAUAUUCUGUUUGUAACGUUUCAUGGUACAGUGUAAUAUUUAUAUUCUAGUUUUUAUGUAAUUUUCCCUGUGUCAUUGCUCAUAUGGGUGAAUUGGUUCAGGAGUUGUAAACCUGGCUAUUGAAGACUGUAAUAGAUUGUUCUCAUUUGUAUUCUUGUUGUUCUGCUUGUGACAAAAAUAAGUAUGGUUUUUUUUUUCUUCUUGAAGUUGGAGAAAUGAGACCAUUGUCAUCUGGAGAAAUGCUGUGAUUUAAUUUUCAUGAGAGUAGGCCUGUGGUCACUUGGAACCUGAUUAUGCAGCUGACCCCUGUGCAGCUACAUGGUUCUUCAUAUGAACAGUUACUUAAACAACCCCAAACAAAAAAAAAACCCCAAGUUGCACAAACAUGGAACUUGUCUCUGCUGUCACUUGCAUGCACAAAACUAGAGGAGUUAAUAGGUUGUGUAUUUUUGACCAGAAUUUCAGUUCUUUACAUUUGGAAUUUUGGCCAAAGGCAUUUUGUAAUAUUCAGUGGGGAUUUGGUCAUGCAGCUUUCGCUAUACUUUUUUGGAAGCUGUAUAAUUAAACCCCCUUAAUCUUUGAAAUUAUGUAUUUUUUCAAAUAACUUGUCUCUACACUGCAGUAUGCAGGUAGAAUUCUUCUGUUGUGGACAGGCUGGCUGCUGUGCUUUAAUAGUAUGCAGUUUUAUAGUAUUUGUGGCUUUAUAUCAGAUGAGUGAAUCACAGUCUGAAGGAUGGUAAAUGGGCUGUACCUCUUGUACCGGUAUAUGUGUUAAAAAUGCUGUUUUCACUGAUUAUUCUGGAAAUAUCAAUACUAAUUUAUUUAUGCUAAUCAUGUAAUUGCUCAGUACAUUUGACUAAUCUUCCAUUUUUAUCUCAAGGUAGAUUUUUGACUUAGUAAAUUUGAAAUGUGCAAUUGUA